CACCAGCUGAUAUGGAUGAUAAUCAGAGAGAAAAAUAGUGAUGUGCAAAUAUUUAAUAUUAAUUUCACAUUCAUUCGUUAUUUAGUGUUAUAUAGUAUGAUAUUUUUAAUUAAUUUGUCGUUUAGUUAUAUUGUCGAUCAUAUGACAAGAUAACAACAUUCACUGUUUUCGUGUAAUGCGGCUAAUCAUUGGCAAUGCCUUAUUUAUCGGCAGCCCGAGAGAACGGCCACAGCGAUAGUCGACUGAAGUUGUUCAAUGGUCUGUUCCGAUGGAAAAAAUCAGAAAAAGAAAAACAAAAAGCCAGGCAGCUAAGUAAAAGUGAAGUUUGUAUAGCAACAUCGAUGUCAGUGAAAACAAGAAAUUCAUGUCCUGCUUCUCCUGCUCUUUCUAUGCCCAGAUCUAGAGACGUUUUCCAAGACAUGGAGGCACUUAAAAUCUCUAGACACGACAAUCCAUACUUACAGAAAAAAAUUUUAGCAAGCAGAGAGAGCUUAUUAGAUGAUAGUAUUGUUGUAUCAGACACAGAUGACAUAGACAUCAUGGCUCAGGAAUAUUUAGCGGAUAUGGGUCCAGGUGCUUUAAUAGAGCUUCAUCAACAUAUGGUAAGAAGUCCACCUCCAACUACGUGGCCACGUAUACCUAUAUUUAAAUAUGACGAAAAAGACCAAACCCAAGAUCUGUAUGGAGAUAGAUGUAAAAGUCCACAAGGCCGGUCGUUCCUCCACAGCUCAUGUUCAAGUGGUUCUUCGAGCUGUGUGGUUUCACCACGAUAUAACUAUCAGUCUAGAUGUCACCGAUCGGCUAGUGAAUCUCGAGGUAAACACGUUUAAAUCUCAUAUAUACACUUCGUAAAUGUUGUACGAUUGAAAAAUCUUCCAUCAAUAUUGGGUACCUAUUUGUGUAAAGUUACGCAAAAUCAUUUUCGAACUGCGAGACCGAGAAAAAGGAAGCACAUAAGUUGACAUGUAUUUCGUACAAAAUGAUGCAUAUUAUGAGGAAAAUCAAAAGUACGUGAAAAUAGGCUUUAAGUUCGUUCAAUAUGUACCUAUGUGUAUGGUUUUUAUCUAUAAAAAUAAAAAUUAUUGAUAAGUUAAAUUAUCAUAAUGUGCAAUAAAUAAUUAAGUAGGUA